AUGUCAACAAAGGUCAAAUUGAAUGUCGGUGGACAACUUUUUGAAACGAGCCUGCGGACCCUGGAAGGAGCAAGUAAACUUUUGGAAUUAGUCAAGGAUGCGCACCAUUCUCACGAAGUAUUUGCUGAGGAGAAACAGAGUGAUCCGAUUUUCAUAGACAGAGAUCCGGAAUUGUUCCGCGUUGUGCUGAGGUACCUCCGAGACGGCAAGAUCAGCCUGACUCGAAACGAUUCGGAUAUCGAACUGGUCAGGGAUGAAGCCGAAUUCUAUGGAGUUGAAUCAUUGGUUGAAAAGCUCCGAUAUGAACAAGCUCACCGGGGACCGUUUUUCACCGGCGAAAGCGUUGUGUGGAGGGAUCCUGAUAUUCGAUGUCUCUGUGCAGACGUUGGAAUCCACUUUGAUGGGUCCACGGAAAAGAUUCCGCUUUGUUUGAAUGCAUUCCGAGAAAUCAAAGGCGAGUUCACCUACCUUUGUGCACGUUAA